AUGUAUUUAGAUAUAGACUCAAAGACGAUGCUACUGAAUAAGCUGCAAGGGAACAAGGCGUACAAGCGAUUUGUUGUAUUCACAGCACUCCUUAGUAUUCUAAUAUGGGGAACUUCUUUUUUACUACGUACAAUAGAUAAUUUCAAUGCAAACUUUACUAUACAAACUAUAGAGGAUGUCAAAAUAGGCAUCCAAAAUGUUGGUUUGGACUCAGAAGAUGUUACGAUAAAGCCGCAUUUCGCUAGUCCCCGUUCGAAAUCAAACAAUUUAGGAGGCAAAUUGCCUUUUACAAAAAAGGUUUAUGAUGAGCACACUUUAGUAGCUAAAUUACACGAUGUUCAAUGGACAAAGGAGCCCCAGUCAAUUUACAACGACAGGGGAACCUAUAUAUUGGAAGAAGACAAAGAUGGCAACGAAUAUAGAGUGGUUGUAAAAUCCAUAGUGGAUGACGCUUUUGAGCACACAUUAAUAAAUCAGUCUACAAUCAACUACGAUGGUAUUGAAUACAAAAUUGAGGAGUACAUUGUAUCUCCUGAUUUGCAAAAAGUCAUUUUAAAAACAAAUGUGUCGAGUACUUGGAGGCAUUCUUCUCUAGCCUUGUACUGGAUUUUGACUGUUGAAACAAAAGAGGUAAAUUCAUUAUACACCACCACCACCACCAACAGCAGCAGCGGUGAUGAUGAUGAUGAUGAUGAUGAUGAUAGUAAGAAUGUUAAGAUAUCUGCGGUUGCGUGGUCGCCAGACUCACGAAACAUUGCUUUUAUUUUAAACAACAACAUUUAUCUCAAAAAUGUACAGCUGGGUGAAACAACGCAAGUUACUAAUGAUGGAUCGGCAGAAAUAUUUAAUGGCAAACCAGACUGGGUUUACGAGGAAGAAGUUUUUAGUGACGAUAUCGUACUAUGGUGGUCACCGAAUAGCGACAAGAUUGCCUUUUUGAAAUCGAAUAAUACCGAGGUUCCAGAGUAUACACUACCACUUUACGCACAGGACAAAUUCGCUGAUUAUCCUGAAGUUGUUAAAAUCAAGUACCCCAAGGCAGGAUAUCCAAAUCCAAUAGUCGAUGUUCUCACUUACGACUUGAAAAAAGGGAUCGUUGAAAAUCAUUUGCUCAAAUCCUCAAGAAUUGGAUUUCUGGAUAGAUUGAUAACAGAGGUGGUUUGGAUAGGUGAUAAGUUACUAGUGAAAACAUCUAAUCGUGCUAGCGAUUUGUUGGAAGUCUUUUUAGUUGGGGAAAAGUCAGUAAACUUGGUUAGAUCUCAUGAAGCGGUAAAUUCAUGGUUUGAAGUUACUUCACAUACAUUGUAUGUCCCUAAAAAUAAGACACUUGGACGCAAACAUGAUGGGUAUGUAGACACGGUGGUUGUCAAUGGAUACAACCACUUGGCAUACUUUUCCCCUGCCGAUAAUCCAGAAUAUCAGUUAUUGACAAAAGGUGAAUGGGAAGUGAUAGAUGGCGUUGGUGCAUUUGACUAUAAUCGAAACAUUGUGUAUUUUACUAGCACGAUGAAAUCUGCGAUAGAGCGUCAUGUUCAUUCCAUUGAUUUGUUGGACAGAACCAAUAAUGGGCUUCCUUAUAUUAAAGACAUAACUACAAAAGAGGGCUAUUACAGUUCUUCUUUCUCCUCGGGAGCAAGAUUCUUGUUCUUGACAGACUUGGGCCCAGAAGUUCCUACACAAAGAAUCAAUGAUUUGAAACUAGGUAAGAAUGUUAAAACUAUUGAAGAUAAUUCUGCACUUGUCAAAAAGUUGAGAGAUUAUGAGCUUCCCCAAGUCAAUUAUGGCACUGUUGAACUCACAGAUGAAGAAACAGGAGGAGGAAAGUUUUACGUCAAUUCAAUGGAAACGUUACCGCCAAACUUUGAUAAAAGGAAAAAAUAUCCGGUGUUGUUUUUCGUUUAUGGUGGUCCCGGUUCGCAGCAAGUGAACAAACGUUGGUCGCUAUCUUUCAGUUCUGUGGUGGCUGCAGAGCUAGAUGCCGUAGUUGUCACUAUUGAUGGUAGAGGAACCGGUUUCAACAAUUUGAAUUACAAGAUGGGCUCUCAGUUUAAGUUUAUUGUUAGAGAUAAGCUUGGAAAGUACGAACCCAUUGAUGUUAUUAAUGCGGGUAGAGUUUGGGCUAAAAAAUCAUAUGUUGAUCCAGAGAGAAUGGCGGUUUGGGGUUGGUCCUAUGGUGGUUUUUUGACAUUGAAAACGCUUGAAACAGAUGUUGAGAAGCCAGUAUUUAAUUAUGGAGUAGCCAUUGCGCCAGUGACCAGAUGGAAUCUUUAUGACUCGAUAUAUACAGAACGAUAUUUGAGAACACCGCAGGAAAACCCUCAAGGUUAUCAAACAGGGUCAAUACAUAACUAUACAAAUUUCAAACACGUUAGGAAAUUCUUUAUUGGACACGGCAGUGGAGAUGACAAUGUCCAUAUGCAACACUCAUUGCAAUUGUUGGACGAGUUUAAUCUUGCAGAAAUCGAAAAUUUUGAAUUCAUGAUAUUCCCUGAUAGCAACCAUGCUAUGAGCUAUCAUAAUGGGAACAAAGUAGUUUAUGAUCGAAUCUUGAACUUUUUGGAAAGGGCAUUCGAAUGGGAGUUUGUUUAA